UAUCUUCCCGCAGAAACUCCAUCGAUCGAAACCGCGUAGCGCGGCCACGGCCAUUGUGUAAAAAGGACCCAUGACGCUCGGAUAGUGCGCGCUGAGGAGUGGACGCGUAGUUUCCCCAAGUUCGUCCUCUUGUGAUAUUUAGACUGUGCCAAUAUUUAGAAACGAGGAAACUAAGCCAGAACUACCAUGGAGGACGACCAGCAGUUCUGUCUCAGGUGGAACAACCACCAAAGUACGCUCAUACAAAACUUCGACACACUCCUCGAAAGCGGAACGCUGGUCGACUGCACCUUGGCAGCGGAGGGGAAAACUCUCAAGGCCCACAAAGUCGUCCUCUCCGCGUGCAGUCCAUACUUUGAGUGCCUCCUCAGCGAACACUAUGACAAGCACCCAGUCUUCAUACUCAAGGAUGUUAAAUUCAAGGAACUUAAGGCGAUGAUGGACUAUAUGUAUAGGGGGGAAGUCAACAUUUCCCAAGACCAAUUGGCAGCACUCCUCAAAGCCGCUGAAUCUUUGCAAAUUAAGGGCCUUUCGGAAAGUAAAACUGCUGGUAGUAGUAAGACGGAAUCCAGACCACAGAAAACCGUCUCACAACCGAUAGCGCGCGUUUCACCAUCGUUAGACAUUCCACACGCGUCUUCCGGUCUAACGAUAGAAAAGAAUAAAGUUCCUAGGCAGAGUAUGGCGCAAGGUCCUGUGGGGGAUAUACCAGAGGAUACGGCUAGUCCUCAAGGGCCGAAGAGGCUCUGCUCGAGAGAAGGCUCACAAAGUCCAACAACAAGAAAAAGAAAGAGGUUUCGAAGAGGAAGUUUGGGCGAAGAUAGUACGAUAGAGAUGCAAGAUGCAUCGAAUUCCAGUGACAUGCCUCAACAAAUGGGUGUACCGGCGCUUGGAAUCACGCCCGUGGCAGACGAGAAAGUGCACGCAGAUUCGACUGACUCUCUCGGCAGGUCAGCUUUGAUGACGCAGUUGACGAAACCCGCCGACGAGAUGUUACAGCUGCCACUUGAAAAGCCCGAGCCAAACGAUAAUCUCAUCGAGCCAAAGUCUGAAUACCUAGAGGAAUCUGAGGAGUGCGUCGAAGACCUGACGCUGGACGACGAUAUGAACGAUCUAAAUGAUAUGGAGCAGGACAACAAUCGAGCUGGACCGUCCCACGACCCCACCCAACACCCCGCAGGUAUUGGCGCGUGGCAUGUUACUGGUGACAGAAGUAACGCGGGGGGUGUCGUGGGCACGUUGACAGGAGCAGGGGCUACCGGGGCGACAGAUGAGAUGUUUCUAACACCUCAGGAGGCCACCGCACAACAGCAACGCGACUCACAAGACUUCAGACCGAUCGUCUUGGAGAAGUAUCACGGUACAGUGCGGAAUUCCCGGCACACGCUCAGGCUUCAGACCUCCUUGAACCGGCGCGGUUUUCCUUGUCCCAGGUGUGCUCGCACCUUCCGCACUUCCGGCGGCAUGAGCCGACAUUAUCGACUGGAGUGCGUCGACAUGCCACGCUUCAAGUGCCCGCACUGCGACAUGCGUAGCAAGUAUACACAGGCUGUGUACAGGCACAUCCGGGUGAAGCAUCACAACAUGGAGCUGCGAUUUGUAAAAUUGUACUAAACGGAGACUGACCUAAUCUGUAAAAUUUAUAUACGAAUGGGGAAAGUCGGAUUUAUUCUUCCUGGCAAGAGAGCUCUUUUCUCUUACAUGUAUAGCUAAAAGCUACUCAAGAAAAAAAUGGAUUUAUAUGAUUAUAUAAGAUUAUAUAAGGCCAUAUAUGAUCUUAUGUUCAUUUUUCUCUACUAGCUAGCUAUUAAAUUUUUAUGAAAUUAAUAAAAUAAGAAAUGUAUUUUAUAUUUGAGUUUAAUCACAGAACUUUUUACUCACGGUUAUCCCUGAGUUUUUUAUCGGAAAAAUCUGAGUACUAUUUUUAUUUUUCUCGAAAAAAAUAAACAAUAGAAAAUGAUUAUGCGUGAUUCGCAAGAGUUUUUAUGAUAAAAAUAAUAACGUUUUUAUCGCGUUACGUCGCAGAGAACCUGUUUAGUUACUAUAUUUAAUUUAUGCGCGUAUAAAGGAAAGUAAUUGUUAUUAUGAAUUAGAAGAACAGAUUAGCGUAUUUGUCGCAUAGUCGAUUAAUCAAGUUUUGCUAGGUAAUUAUAUUGUAAUGUAAAGUGAAUAUAAAUAUAUAUUUAUAACGAGAUAUACAUAUAGAAACUCUCUAUGUCAGAUAUAGUCAUUUUAAUUUUUUUUAUGUAAAUUUUUUGGUACAAACUAAACAUGGAUAUAAAUAUUUUAAAGCAUUCUCUGCGAUUAAUUUUUAAUUGGUUACUGGUAACAUUGGUAAUCUGAAAAUCUGACACGAUUAAUCACGAGGGGUUUCUCAGGCCCAUUUUGUCUUAUGUUUUUAAAACGAUAUUGCGAACAGAAUAUUAAUUAUUUCUAUAAGUUUUUUAAAGAUUUAGGAACACACAAAAAAUACAAGAAAAAUUUAUUUCAAACAUCAGCUAGAAGAGAAAAAUUCAAUUUUUAAAGUCUGAGAGGCUCCACGUAUCUUAUUAAGGGUUAAGAUUAUAUAUUGGAAAUUAAUAGCCCUAAGUUUUGUACAGAUACGCCAUGUAUAUAUUGUAAAUCUGUUUGAAACGCACAAUAUACAAUGUUUAUUUAAUGUCUUAUUUACAAAUGUGUGUUGAAGUUUCUAGUAAAUUAUGAGUAGCAUUCUUAUCAUCAUGUAUAACAUUUUUUUGAGCAGUUAUAAAUAAACUCAUUUUUUUUAAAGAUUUGGCAUUUAUCGCGAAAGAUUAAAACUAGAAAAUAUUUUUCUUUUUUUAUCAUUUCCACGUUUUUUUUUUUUUUAAUGAUGAUCUCCAUAUUAUGACUCAUUUUUUUAAAUCACUGUGAAACAAAAACACACACACACACAUAUACGCGCGCUGUGUUAUUUUAAAUCUUUGAAUUAAAUCCUUUUCUCUUUACUAUGAGAUACAAUUGAUAUUUUAUGCUCUUGUUACAUAAUAAUAGUGUAAUUUUAAUCUUCCUUAAUAUGCCAGGGAAUUGUGUGCUAACUUGUGUGUUCAAUUUAAUGUAUCCGAUUUGUAAAACUGUCAUCAAACAGGCGAUAAAAGAAAGAAUUGAAAACAGUGACACUUUGACAUUCCUAAUUCGCAUACUUUAUGCUCCAUUUGUGUUUAUUACUUAUCAAGGAUUAGCAGUAUUUACAUCCCGAAAUAUUAAUCUUAAUUUAUGAUUUAUGUUAUCGAAAGCAAGAAAAACAUGCAACUGAUUUUUUAAUUUUACAUUUACAUAAAUAAUUGUUUGUCAAUGAGACUGUUUAGUUUGAAAAUAUAAAUCAUAACAAACGCGCGCGUAAUAUUUUUAAUUUUACAUUUAUUACUUAAAAUAUCGCUUAAUAUAUUAUAUACCAUGAAUUAUAUUGUUACGUCCGCAGAUCGAUAUCGAGCUAUCGAACACGCGCGACACAACUACACUCAAAAUGAAGAACACUUGCUUUGUGAAACAGAGGAACUUUAUUAUGUAGUAGGAAUAUAAGAAUAACGCAAGAAAUAGUUAAAAACAGCGGAGCUGUCAAUAACGCACCCGAAUAGUUGAUUUAAAUCUCUUAUGUCGGUCCUUGUUGAUCAGAACUCAAAAUACAAAAUACUCGCACGUCGUCCCGGAGAUGAUCUUCGUUUUAACAUUGCGACACGGGAAUAUAAUAAAGGGCCGUCACAAUGUUAUCAAUUAUUUCUUUUUUAAUCAGUCCACAUUUUUACAUGUUAUAUACAUGUAUUUUUGGUGCGUCUAUUUUAUCAAACUGAACUACUUGGUUGGAGAAGCUAUAUAUUUAUUUAUUGCGAGUGUAAGAAUUGCAAGAAUUGUUUUCACGGUUUUCUUCAUUUGUGAAAUCACAAUUUGGUGUGGCUUAUAAAAAUUAAAAGUUCUUAAUUUUUUUUGUAAGAAUAAGUGUUGGCAGUUUUUUUCUAUAUAUUGAUACAUUAUUUAAUAUAUAUUGAUAUAUUAUUUUUUUUGUUUAGUUUAGAUAAAAAAACGCGAUUUGAUUGAUUUAACUGAUAAAAAAGAGUUAUUAGUUAUAUGCCGAAUGUGCAAGUUACGUUAUAUGUGCAUAUACUGCGAUGAUUCAAUGAUCACAUAUAGAUCUGUAUAGAUAUCCACAUCCUAUUUUUUUUUUGUACAUCUUGCGACAAAAUCGAAAUAUUAAAAAUAAGCGAACCAUAUGCAUAAAUAUGCAUAUUAUGAUAAUACGAUGAGAAGUAACUCCUCUGAAUACUCGCGGAUAAUUCACGAGAAUAUGUCUGCCAAUAUUAGAGUUACUUCGAUAAUAAACAGACAAAUUAAAAAGAAAUAUUGAAAAUACAUUUUGUCAAAGCAAACUUUUAAUUUCGAUAUCUGGGACUGUAUAAUAGAAAUUCUUGCUGAAGUUAUUUUUGAAAUAUUCCUUUUUUUGAGAACUGACUUUAUUUAGUUGUUCCAAAUAAUUGAGAUUUAAAAAUCUUGGUUCUGUUAAUUUAAGAAUCAAGAUUUUGAAUUCUUUAUUUUGUAUCUUUUAAUUUAUUGUACAUUUUAUUUUAUAUAUUUUUUGCAUUUAACUGCUUUGUUACAUUUUAUUCCACAUUUAAAAGAUCAUACCUCCUGGAUAUUAGAAACUUAAAUAUUGAAUUUCAAUAUGUUUAUUUUAAUUAGUCUAAUUUUUCUCUUAGAUAUAUGAAACCUGAAAUUAUAAACAUUCCUAUUUUUUAUAUUAUAUUUCUUGAAAUGUACACGUGAUUUAGUAAAUAAUAACUGCAUAUAUUUAAUAAUAUAUACAAUUUUUUGUAUAUAUAAUGUUAUAAAUAUUAUAAUACAAUAUUAUGUAUAACAUAUUUAUAACAUGUUAUAAUAUUAUAAUAUGUUAAAUUAAUUGUUUGAAUUUCUCCGUACGCUGCGUUACUUGAAAGAGAAAAAUGGAAAAAUGGAAAUAUUGUGACCAAAGAUAAAGUUAAAAAUAAAUGCAAAGAUUGUUGACUAGUAUGUGUACACUGUAAUAACAUUUUAUAUCAAUAUGUAUAAAUAGAUAAAUAUAAAUAUAAGUAUAAAUGUAUAUAUAUGUAUUCGAAUAUGUUUGUAAUUAACGAAUCAUUAGUUAAAUGAUGAUAAAAGAUGUUUAGUUAAUCAA